AUGUCUAAAGUAGCUGCACAAAUUAGGUUUUUAAACGCGAUCAGUUUCACCACGAGGAAACCACAAAUACUCAUCAAUGCUGAAAAAUAUGCGGGGAUUAAAUUAACGUUUCAAGUAAAGAACCAUAAUGGACAUAUGGGAGCACGUUCACUUUGGAAGAAGUAUCUCCCCACUUUACAGUUCUAUAACCCCGAUUUUAAGAUUGAUGUUGUCAGAAUCAAGAAUCCAGAUAAGAAAAAGAAGGAUAUCCCUUGUACUUUGGAUAUAAUAGCCAACGAUGGGAAAGUUAUAGAUACUUUAGAUAUGAGAAAUAAGAUGUAUGAUGACAUUAUGGAUCAGUUGCUCGAGAAGAUAGAUCAUAAUGUCAUUCCGGAGGAAAACCUGAUAAAAAUUGAACCAAAAAUAGCGAAAUAG